AAGGAAUCAAAGCAUGAUCAUCAACCUCAAUCAAGUUUAAGAAAAGAUAAUAGCACUAACAAUCUUUUCAUAUUCUCCACUGUCCAUUCCCACUGUUUUAUAGUAUCAUCACACUAUUGAGCAACAACAAAGAAACAAUGGCACCAGUUGAUCCACACUCAUUCACAGACUCAACUCACCCACCAACAACCCACAUUUCCCUCACUCUCUACUUAGAUUUCCAAACCUCAACCAUUCACGCUUCCUCACUUUUCACUCUUCAAAACCCUUACGCUGGUCCCUUCUCACUCGACACUCGUUCCCUCCAAAUCCACUCAAUCAUCGAUCCUCAAUCCCCCAAUAACACCCCAAUCCCUUUUGACCUCUCUCAAACCCCAGACCCAAUCAAAGGUUCCAAACUCACUCUCAAUCUUUCUAAUCACACCUCCUUUCUCAUCAAAUACACCACCUCCCCUUCUUCCUCUGCUCUUCAAUGGCUAUUACCACCUCAAACUUUCAACAAAAAACACUCUUUUGUAUACACUCAGUGUCAAGCCAUUCACGCACGUUCAAUCUUCCCUUGUCAGGAUACACCAGCCGUGAGAAUAUGCUAUUCGGCUCGGCUUAAUAUUCCGGCUGAAUUAACGGCUGUCAUGGCUGCGAGACACGUGGUGCGUCGUUCGCCGUUGGAUGAUGACGAGUCUUUUGGAUUUUCCACUAAAGGUAGGGUUGUGGAGGAGUUUGUUAUGGAACUUCCAAUUCCACCUUACCUGUUUGCAUUUGCGGUUGGUGAAAUUGAUAAUAGGGAAGUGGGACCGAGAACUAGGGUUUAUGCUGAAGCUGUGAAUCAAGUGUUGGAUUCGGCUGCUAAAGAGUUUGAAGGGACUGAGGAUAUGAUAAGGGAAGGGGAGAGAUUGUUUGGAGGUUAUGAAUGGGGGAGAUUUGAUUUGUUGGUAUUACCACCUAGUUUUCCUUAUGGGGGCAUGGAGAAUCCAAGGAUGGUGUUUUUGACACCAACUGUUAUUAAAGGGGAUGCAACUGGUGCACAGGUUGUGGCUCAUGAACUUGCUCAUAGUUGGACUGGGAAUUUGAUUACCAACAAAAACAAUGAACAUUUCUGGCUCAAUGAGGGCUUCACUACGUAUGCAGAACGCAGGAUUGUGGAGGCUGUACAGGGAGAGAAAAGAGCCGCAUUGAAUAUUGGAAUUGGUUGGAGAGGUUUAAAUGAGGAUGUAGAGAGGUUCAAGGACAAUAUGGAGUUGACUAAGCUAAAAAAUAAUCAGGAAGGAGUUGACCCCGAUGAUGCAUAUUCUCAGGUUCCAUAUGAGAAAGGUUUCCAGUUCUUGUUGCGCAUUGAACGUCAGGUUGGGAGACCCGCAUUUGACGAGUUUCUGAAGAAAUACAUUGCCACCUUCAAGUUCAAAUCGAUUGAUACUGAAACGUUCCUUGACUUCCUUAAAACAAACAUCCCUGGCAUAGAGAAUCAGAUUGACCUAGUACUGUGGACAGAAGGUACUGGCAUCCCAUCUGAUGCUUUUGAGCCUGAGUCCAGUGUGUAUCAAAUGAUUGUAUCGCUGGCAAAUGAAUCCGUAAAUGGGAGGAUGCCAAGGGAGGAUGAAGUUGCUGAGUGGCAAGGUCAAGAGUGGGAGCUCUACUUGGAUAACUUGCCGAAGUCCAUUGAAGUUUCUCAGAUCUUAGCCUUGGAUUCACGCUACAAACUAUCUGAAUCAAAAGAUUACGAGGUAAAGGUGUCAUUUCUACAGCUGGCUAUUUCAUGUGGAUGCAAAGCUUACCAUAGUGAAGUGGAGAAAACCUUAAAAGAAGUUGGAAGGAUGAAGUAUCUCCGUCCACUUUACACUGCACUUGUGAAAGGCAGUGGCAGUGAAGAUGACAAAGUGUUUGCUAAAAGACUCUUUUCUGAGGCUCGAGAGUGUUAUCAUCCUAUUGCUCAAGGUGUUGUAGAGGCCAUUUUAGCUAAGUAUAUGUAGAAGGAAUUUUCUCAUAAUGUUUUUCUAUAUUUGAACAUCUGCAAGGGAAUAUUUUUCUUGAGCUACUUCAGUGUGUUUUUUAACAGUUAACGAUAUAAUAAAAUAUGGUUUACUUUUAUUAUUCUGAUUA